UAUGAAACUGUUCAGGUUGUCUUUUAAUGAUUUUCCAUCUUCAUGUCUGUAUUUAAAAUGUGAUGUUUAAAUUCGGCAUUUGGCGAAAAUUGCCCGAAAACGAGUUUGAAAAGUACAUUUACAAUUUGAUCUGUCUAAAAUAGACAAUCUUUGACUGAACGUGAUCUUCAUGAUGUAUCGCGAGACUGUCAGAAUAAACAGGAGCAUUGUGGGAGUGCGUCUCUAACGCUCUCUUGUUGAUUUCUCGAUAUUAGACGACUCUUAUCACUUUUAUGAAAGCUGAAAUGCAUAACGCAGUCGACAUUUAAUAAUUAAUUAUUUUAUUUUAACAUUUUUCGUCCACAGUUGUUGGGACGGACUGUAACCAUGGAGGCUGGAGAAGAUGUCAGCAGUGCCACGCCCACAGAGGAGAUGAACGGCGCUGGGAACCUGAUGGAUUUCUUGGACGAGCCUUUUCCUGACGUGGGCACAUACGAAGACUUCCACACCAUCGACUGGCUGAGGGAGAAAUCCCGAGACACAGACCGCCACCGCAAGAUCACCAGUAAGAGUAAAGAGUCCUUCUGGGAGCUGUUCAAAAGCCUGCUGGACGCCUGGUCAGGAUGGGUGGUGAUGCUUCUCAUUGGACUCCUCUCAGGUACGCUGGCCGGAGUCAUCGACCUGGCGGUGGACUGGAUGACGGACCUGAAGGAAGGCGUGUGCCUGUCGGCCUUCUGGUACAGCCACGAGCAGUGCUGCUGGACGUCCAACGAGACCACGUUCGACGACAGAGACAAGUGUCCGCAGUGGCAGAAGUGGGCUGAGCUGAUGACCGGCCAUGCUGAGGGAGCUGGAGCAUACGUGCUGAACUACUUCCUGUACAUUCUGUGGGCUCUGCUGUUUUCCUUCCUGGCUGUGUCUCUGGUGCGAGUGUUCGCUCCGUACGCCUGCGGCUCAGGAAUCCCCGAGAUCAAGACAAUCCUCAGCGGCUUCAUCAUCCGGGGUUACCUGGGGAAGUGGACCCUGCUGAUAAAGACGGUCACCCUGGUUCUGGCGGUGUCGUCGGGUCUCAGUCUGGGGAAGGAGGGUCCUCUGGUCCACGUGGCCUGCUGCUGUGGAAACCUCUUCUGCAGCCUCUUCUCUAAGUACAGCAAGAACGAGGGCAAGCGCAGAGAGGUGUUGUCUGCUGCAGCGGCGGCUGGAGUGUCGGUGGCCUUCGGAGCGCCCAUCGGAGGAGUUCUGUUCAGCCUGGAAGAGGUCAGUUACUACUUCCCUCUGAAGACUCUAUGGCGUUCGUUCUUCGCCGCCCUGGUCGCUGCCUUCACCCUGCGCUCCAUCAACCCGUUUGGAAACAGCCGCCUGGUGCUCUUCUACGUGGAGUACCACACGCCGUGGUACAUGGCCGAGCUGGUCCCGUUCAUCCUGCUGGGCGUGUUCGGCGGCCUCUGGGGGACCCUCUUCAUCCGGGCCAACAUCGCCUGGUGCCGGCGGAGGAAGACCACCCAGCUGGGGAAGUACCCGGUCCUGGAGGUCAUCGCUGUGACGGGAAUCACGGCCGUGCUGGCGUACCCUAACCCGUACACUCGCCGCAGCACCAGCGAGCUCAUCUCUGAGCUCUUUAACGACUGCGGCGCUCUGGAGUCCUCCCAGCUCUGUGAUUACAUCAAUAACCCCAACAUGAGCCGACCGGUAGACGACAUCCCGGACCGCCCGGCAGGACCCGGAGUCUACAACGCCUUGUGGCAGCUCGCCCUCGCUCUCGUCUUCAAGAUAGUCAUCACCAUCUUCACCUUCGGCAUGAAGAUCCCGUCGGGUCUCUUCAUUCCCAGCAUGGCGGUCGGAGCUAUCGCAGGACGGAUCGUGGGGAUCGCCGUGGAGCAGAUGGCGUACCACCACCACGACUGGAUCAUCUUUAAGAACUGGUGCCGGCCCGGUGCAGACUGCGUCACUCCCGGACUGUACGCCAUGGUGGGAGCGGCCGCCUGUCUGGGUGGGGUGACCAGGAUGACCGUCUCUCUCGUGGUCAUCAUGUUCGAGCUCACCGGCGGUUUGGAGUACAUUGUGCCUUUGAUGGCCGCCGCUGUCACCAGUAAGUGGGUGGCGGACGCCUUUGGGAAGGAGGGAAUCUACGAGUCUCACAUCCAGCUCAACGGUUAUCCCUACCUGGACAUCAGGGACGAGUUCACCCACCGCACCCUCGCCACAGACGUGAUGCGGCCCCGCAGGAACGACCCCCCUCUGGCAGUCCUCACCCAGGACAGCACCACGGUGGAGGACGUGGAGGCGCUGAUCAAAGACACGGAUUACAACGGCUUCCCGGUGGUCGUGUCCAGAGAGUCGGAGAGGCUUAUCGGCUUCGUUCAGCGCCGGGACCUCACCCUCGCCAUCAAAAACGCUCGUCAGAAACAGGACGGCGUGGUGAGCAGCUCCGUGGUGUACUUCACCGAGGACGCACCGCAGCUGCCCGCCACCAACCCUCAGCCACUGAAGCUGCGACGCAUCCUCAACCUCUCCCCCUUCACCGUCACCGACCACACGCCCAUGGAGACGGUGGUCGACAUCUUCCGCAAGCUCGGCCUCCGUCAGUGUCUGGUGACGAGGAGCGGGCGUCUCCUGGGAAUCAUCACCAAGAAGGACGUUCUGCGACACAUGGCCCAGAUGAUGAACCAGGACCCUGAGUCCAUCAUGUUCAAUUAGGAGGGAAAAAGCAGCUUUAUUUUGACGGUGUAAAUAUGUGAAACGAGUGCGACACUACUGUACUGCAACAUGUGAAACGUCCCUCCUCCUCAGCUCAUGACAGGCAAGUCCCUCCCUGCAGUCUCCACAGCAGUUCUGCUCCCCGACCUCUCUGCGUAACUGCUGGAAUAUCUAAGCAGCCGCAGAAAGCUUUGACUUCAGUGUUUUUUAUUUCAAAC